AUGCUAUUUCUUUCUUUACUACUGUUUGGGUCAGCAGCUGGUCAAUGCCCCAAGUUUACGUGUUUAAACGAAACCACUACAGAAAAGUGCUUACUCCCCCCCUCCGUGAGCGAACAAAAAAUCUUGUUCACUCCACGGAGGGGGUUAAUUUUUUUUUUAAUAUAAAUUUAUAAAAAAUUUUUUUUUUCGAAAUUUAAAAAAAAAUCCUAAUUCGCAAAAAUUGGAAAGCAAAUAUUAAUUUAAUUUAUAAAUUUUAUGUUUUAAGAUGCAAUUUGUUUAGAAUUAAACAGAAUUAGCUAGAGAUUUCAUUAUACUAAUUAUCACUUGUAUAUCAAAAAUUUUUUUCAUAAAAAAUUUUCUAUUAAAAUAAUUUUUGUUUAAGGAGGGUGGGCAAAAAAUAGCGAUUUUUCUAAUGGUUUGCUCGCUCACGGAGAUGAGGGUGUUAGAUUACGACAGUAAAAGCGCCACUUACAAAAUUUCUUAUUGCACUUCCGAUUACAUCUGCCCUGCAGGCUCCAGUCAAGAAGCUUUCUGCACUUUUAAUAAACCGAUUUACUCUCUUCGCUAUCCAGGUGAAUUUUGUACCUGGGAUUCUGAUUGCACAAGUAAUUCUUGCGUUUUUAAUGUUUGCCAAGGUCUGAUUGCCCCUCAGACCUGCAUAAACUUAUAUGACUGCAACCCAGGCUAUUUUUGUGACCCAGAAUCUGGUCUUUGUGAAGAGCAAGCUGAAGAAGGAGGAGAUUGCCUUGUUGACGAAGGCUGCGUAAACUCAGCAAUUUGUAUAAAAGGAACUUGUGAACCCAUUUUUUCUCAAGCAGUUGGCUAUGCUUUUACUGAUGUAGAUGUCAACCCAAAUACAGGCUUUAACUUUGCUUGUGCAACUGGCUAUGCUAUUGUCAAACGUGAAGGAGUGUUCCAGUGUGCAAAAGCUCCAGUCAGUAAACAAGCUGUUCCAAUUCAAUGCGAAUUAGGAACUAAAUGUACAGCUUCUGAUGGUGUUAGCCAACAAAACUGCCAAUGCGGAUACAAUGAAGCUGGAGCUGCAUAUUGCCCUCUGUUUAUUGGAGAUUCGAUUGCUCAAUCUAUGAUUACAAACUGGAUUGCUAUCUCUAAAUAUAGCUCAGCCUGCAAUUCUAUUAGAAGAUGGAGUUUUGAAUGCUUUGCAACUUUAUCAGGAGAAGCUCAAGCUGCUUAUAAUGCUUGGGAAGUUGACUACAUGCUUUAUAAUCAAAGCCACUAUGCUCUUAUACAAAAUAAUCCACCUUGUGUUCAAGAAACUUAUACAAAAGAUUAUAAUGAAGUUAUAACUGCCAGUACAAAAUAUAACACUUCUGUAUGUCCUAUUUACCACUGCUCUCCAAGCUCAAGCUAUAAUCAAUGCAUUCUUUAUAGGCAAGAGACUGCCAAUUUUUAUGUACAGGAAACUUUUUACUUAUCAAAUUGUUCAGAGAGCCAAGUAUGCCCUGUUACUCGGACUGCCAACUCUACUUGUCAAUCUGCUGAAGUCCAAUUGGCAUAUCCAGGAGAUUAUUGCACUGAAAAUGCCCAAUGUCUUUCAGGAUCAUGCAAAAGUAAAAAAUGUCAAGGACUAAGUGAAGGAGAUGCGUGUAUAAAUCUAUAUGACUGUGGUCCUGGCUUAUUUUGCAAUGAUGAUUCUGUAUGCCAAGAACAAGUUUCUAAAAAUGGGCAGUGCUCUGAUGAAUAUGAUUGCGAAAAUAAUUUGAUUUGCAAUCUGGGAAUUUGCAUCCCAUAUUUCUCACUUGGAACAGGCGCAGAAACUGACGCUGUAGACUAUAAUGGAUUAUCUUUUGCUUGUGGCACAGGAUUCGCAAAGAUUAAUAGUACAACUCCACUUAUGGGCUCCUGUGCAGCAGCUCCAGUAUCAGCAUUAGGGGCAUAUACAUGCACUCCUGGCUCUGUAUGCAUGGACUUGUCAAAUAUAUACUCAAAGCCAUGCACAUGUGGAUAUAGCAGUGAAGGGUUAGGAUACUGCCCAUCAUUUGAAGGCGAUAAACAUCUUCAAGCUGCUAUAACAGCAUUUAAAAAACUUAUGACUUAUGAUGUCAGCUGCAAUACGUUUUCAAGAAAAAGCGAAAACUGCUGGAUGAGGUAUCCGAAGUAUUUGAAGCAGUUUUAUUACUAUGCAACUAAUUUUACGAUGUAUCAGCAAUUUCCUUAUCUGCAGAAGAAUCCUGAUUGUGCUGACAAUAUAUACAACACUGAGUAUUAUGGGCUUCUUGAAAGGCUAGCUAAAGGACAUUUCGAUGAUAGCAAAGGCAACAUUUUAACGUUUUGCCUUGGAAUCGCUAUUUUGAUUGUUGGAUAUUAA